CCCAAGCCCCGUUCCCUUGUGGGCUCCCGGGAGUUAAGGGCCAGGUGAGGGGCCGCCUGAGGGAAGCGGGUGAUUUUGAUGUAGGAGAGCAGUCAGGUGAUUUGGGCGACAAGAAUUCAGUGCCCAGAGGCAGAAGGCGGUGGGAGGCGGACACCGAAGGAUAAGCACCUGGAGGGUGGACCCUGAGGGGGAAAGAGGACAGGGUUGGGGGGCCCAGCUCCCGGCCAUCAUGCUGCUGCCCCUCGUGCUGCUGUUACUGCCCCUCCCAGACCCGUGGUCUGUCCAUGGGCACCCGCCGUACGCGCGCCUGCCCCCCAGCACCCUGCGAGCUCUGUCCGCCCAGGGCACGAAAGCAUUGCAGGCUGCCCGGAGGAGCGCCCAGUGGGCAGUUAGUCGAGUGGCGAUGGAGGUCCAGCACAGGCUGCAUGAGUGCAGAGGCCCCGGGCGCCCCAGGCCUCAGGACCCCCUCCUCCAGGAUCCAGCCGAGCCAGGGCCGUGUGGGGAGAGGCGCCCGAGCGCUGUCAACGUGACGCGGGCCCACGGCCGCAUUGUUGGGGGUAGCGUCGCACCGCCGGGGGCCUGGCCCUGGCUGGUCCGGCUGCAACUCGGAGGGCAGCCUCUGUGCGGCGGCGUCCUGGUGGCGGCGUCCUGGGUGCUCACCGCGGCGCACUGCUUCGCGGGCGCCCCGAACGAGCUUCUGUGGACGGUGAUGCUGGCCGAGGGGCCCCUGGGGGAGCAAGCGGAGGAGGUGCCGGUGAACCGCAUCUUGCCCCACCCCAAGUUUGACCCGCGGACCUUCCACAACGACCUGGCCCUGGUGCAGCUGUGGACGCCGGUGAGCUGGGCAGGGGCGGUGCGCCCUGUGUGCCUGCCCCAGGGGCCCCGGGAGCCCCCAGCCGGCACCGCUUGCGCCAUCGCGGGCUGGGGGGCCCUCUUCGAAGAAGGGCCUGAGGCUGAGGCGGUGAGAGAGGCCCGAGUGCCCCUGCUCAGCGCUGACACCUGCAAAAGGGCCCUGGGGCCCGAGCUGCACCCCAGCAGCAUGCUCUGUGCCGGCUACCUGGCCGGGGGCAUCGACUCCUGCCAGGGUGACUCUGGAGGCCCCCUGACCUGUUCUGAGCCUGGCCCCCACCCCAGGGAGGUCCUAUACGGAGUCACCUCCUGGGGGGACGGAUGCGGAGAGCCAGGGAAGCCCGGGGUCUACACUCGUGUGGCCGUGUUCAAAGACUGGCUCCAGGAGCAGAUGAGCGCAACCCCCUCCAGCCGAGAGCCCAGUUGCAGGGAGCUGCUGGCCUGGGACCCGCCCGGGGAGCCGCUAGCCGCCGCGCCCUGCGCCUUCUACGCCCGCCUGUGCCCCGGGCCCGCGGCCGCCUGUGCGCGGCUGGCGCACCAGCAGUGCCUGCAGCGCCGGAGGCGAUGCGGUCAGUCCAGUGCCCAGGGCUGGGCCGGGGACCGGGGGCGUGGCCCACGUCUGACCGCCGCUCGGACCCUUGUCCCGUCCGCAGAGCUGCGCUCGCUGGCGCACACCCUGCUGGGCCUGCUGCGGGGCGCCCAGGAGCUGCUCGGCCCGAGCCCAGGCAUGCGGCGCCGGGCCCCGGCCGCGGCUCGCCCCGCUCUGUCGCUCCUGGAGCUUCCCAGACACCCCGCCCGCGAGCAGCGGCUGCACCCAGGAUCGCGAGCGGCGGACGCUCGGUUCCCGAAGCGGAGGCCAGAGCAGGGCGAGGAAGUGAACGGCUGCCCUGGGCUGGAGAGCCUGCAACAGAAGUUGACCACCCUUCAAGGCACCCAUGCCUGGAUCCUGCAGGUCCCAUCAGAGCACUUGGCCAUGGACUUUCAUGAGGUCCUGGCAGAUCUGGGCUCCAAGACGCUGACUGGCCUCUUCCGAGCCUGGGUGCGGGCAGGCUUGGGGGGCCAGCACGUGGUCUUCGGCGGCCUGGUAGGCCUAGAGCCAGCCACAAUGGCUCGCAGCCUCCCCCGGCUGCUGGUGCAGGCCCUGCAGGCCUUCCGCUUGGCCGCCCUAGCAGAGGCAGAGGGACCCCAGAUGGGUGCAAGGCAGAGCCAGGGGCUGGGGAGGAAGGGGCACCCCCCACUCAGUCCUCGGAUUUCUCCAGCCAGGGGGCCAUGAACCACGUCUGGGCCCCCAACCCCUGGUCAGGACCUACCGCUCCUAGGGGCUCCUAUGAUGACAAACUGUCAUGGCCACAGUUGACUGGGUGUGUGUGUGGGGGGGGGCCUGGGUCCAUGUGUCUUCCCAGAUGCGUCAUCAGAAAAUCACAGCUGCUUUA